AUGACGGCCCGAUUACGGAAGAUUUUACCUCUCCUGAUCUCAGAGUCCCAAUCUGCCUUUGUCCCGGGACGGCUUAUGUCGGACAACAGUCUUAUAGCUCAUGAAAUGCUAUCUUAUAUGAAUUCUUCUACUUCCAAGAUAUGUUCUGCUGCUUUGAAGUUGGAUAUGAACAAAGCCUAUGAUAGGGUUAAUUGGGAGUUUCUCUGGGAUGUGCUUAAGGCUUUUGGUUUUCCUCCUUAUUGGAUUCAGCUAAUUAAGCAGUGUGUUUCUACGGUAUCCUACCAGAUCCUUAUCAAUGGCAAGCCUUCUUCUGUUCUCCGUCCGGCUUGCGGCUUGCGUCAGGGAGAUCCUUUAUCUCCUUAUUUAUUUGUUCUUUGUAUGGAAGUUUUUUCUUUAAUGUUGAAGCGGUCCGAGGGCAAUGGUCUAUUUCAAGGUUUGCGCAUUUCCAGGCGAUCUCCUUCGGUUUCCCAUUUAUUUUUUGCAGAUGAUGCGUUGCUUUUCUUCCGGGUUAAUCCUUCUGCAUGUUGUCACCUUUUGGACGUUAUUGAUCGAUUUUGUACUGCUUCUGGUCAGAUGGUUAAUGUUCAAAAAUCCUUUGUUAAGUUUAGCUCGAAUACUCCGGAGGAUUAUCGUGAAUUUUUAAGCUCUGCUUUACAUAUGCAAGCUAAAAAUUCACUGGGCUCUUAUUUGGGUCUCCCUGUGGAUUUAGGACGUGCUAAAUGUCAUCAAUUUCAACCCUUGGUGGAUAAGGUGACGCAAAAGCUGUCUGCUUUUAGUUCUCGUCGGUUAUCGGCAGCAGCCAAAUUAGUGCUUAUCAAUACGGUGGUCAUCGCUUCUUUAAAUCAUGUGCUUUCGGUGUUUAAGUUGCCGGUGACUAUUUCUGUUCAGAUUGGCCGUCUGCUGUCGCGCUUUUGGUGGAAAAACAACAGUUCUUCUAGGGGUCUGGCUUUAACUCCUUCUGCUGCUCUUGUUCUGCCUCGAGGGUUAGGAGGUCUUGGCAUUCGUCAUGUGCCUUCUUUUAAUUCGGCUUUACUGGUUAAGCAAAUGUGGCGUUUAAUUCAUAAUCCACAGCUUUUAGUUUCAAGGAUUUACCAUGCUCGGUAUCCUCAUCUUGUAAACUAUAAAGCUUUUAGGUUGCCUCCUCGUCCUUCUUGGGGAUGUAGGAGCUUAAUGGAAGGGGCUCGUGUUCUUUCUCAUGGUGUGAGAUGGAAGGUGGGUUUUGGUUCUCAGGUAAAUAUUACUGCUGAUGAUUGGGUUCCGGGGUUCUCUGUUCGUUUCAAGGACUCCAUUCCCUCGGAUGAUCUACCUUCUGUGGUGGUGCAGAUAAUUGAUCCUGGUUCUCAUGCUUGGGAUAGUACUCGCAUUCGACAGUUUUUUCCCCCUCCUAUUGCGGAUUCCAUCUUGGGAAUGGAAAGACCUCAUGAAAAAAUGGAUGAUUUUGUGGAUUGGAAAUUUACAUGGGAUGGUUCGUUUACUACUAAAUCUGCAUAUGCUCAUAUUCUAAAUCAACAUGGGUUAAUUAGGUCUUUAAAUUCCACUAUCAUUCUUGGUUGGUGGAAGAAAUUUUGGGGUCUUCCGAUUUUACCAAAAUGGAAUAUCUUUGUUUGGAAAAUUUUACAUAAUGGUCUUCCCACGGCGGCUGUCUUAGUCUCGAAAGGUGUUCCUAUUAAUGCUGCUUGUGGGUUUUGUCAUCAACAUCCUGAAACAAUCUCUCACAUUUUCCAACACUGUGAGUUUACUUGCUUAGUCCGUUCUUCUCACUAUCUUGAGGUAAUUCGGGCUUUGACCUUGGAUCGAGACUUUAGUACAUGGUUUGCUGAUUUGAUUAGUGGUUUUGUAACUGCUAAGGAUUGGCAUGGUUUAGAUGAGAUCCUUGCUUUCUUCUGGGCUAUUUGGUUAACUAGGAAUAAUCUUAGAUUCCGUUCGGAGGUUUAUUCUCCUGCUGGGAUUUAUGCUAUGACUGCCUCUUGGCUGUCCAGGAGUAAAGAGGCUAAAGAUUUGUCUGAUCGUUUGCAUCCUUCUUGUCCUCCGGGGUUUGGUGUUUCUUGCUUGCAUGAUCUAAAUUUUGGUGAUUCGUUUGAUCAGUAUGACAUUUGUCUUACCUCUGAUGGCUCUUGGAAUGCCAAGGAUCAACAUGCGGACAUGGGUUGGUUUUUAUCCUCUGAUUUAUCUUCCCAGGUUGUAGGGGGAGGAGCCCAAGCGGGCUUUGCUUCCUCGGCGCUUCAAUCUGAAUUGUUUGCCUGUCUUCUUGGUUUACGACAUGUUAGAGAUAGGAGCUACACUAGUGUGAGAAUUUGUACGGAUUGCAGUUCAAUCAAGUCUUUGAUUGGGGGUCAGUCUUCGGCUUCGAUCUUGGUCAUUUGGAUCUUGCGGGAAAUUCGGCAGAUUAUUGCGGGUCUUCAGCGAUUUCACAUUCAAAAAGUCUCCAGAGCGGAAGUUGGUUAUGCUCAUCACCUGGCUAAUUUAGCUCGUAGUCGUCAUUUUAUUUGUUUUCGGUUUUAG